AUGGGGAGCUUUGUGGUGCAGUUCCCCAGCAAAUUGAGGAACUUCACAGUUUGGGCUUCACCCAACAAUGGUAAAAUCUCCACUUUGAUUCAUUCCUUCAUCCAAUCACACAUCUGCUUUACUUUCAGUUCUGUUUCAAUGGGGUUUUUGGGUGGUUUUCAUUUUUCAGGGGUCCCAUUUGAUUCUCCGCAGUCCAGAGGGCCAGUGAUUUUGGAACUCCCACUCGAUAAGAUUCGGAGACCACUGCUGCGUACCAGAUCCAAUGAUCCAGAAAAAGUGAAGGAACUCAUGGAAAGUAUCAGAGAAAUUGGCCUCCAAGUACCGAUUGAUGUGCUUGAGGUUGAUGGAGCUUACUAUGGUUUUUCCGGUUGUCAUCGGUACGAAGCACACCAGCGCCUAGGGCUCCCAACAAUUCGUUGCAAAGUUCGACGAGGAACGAAAGAAACAUUGAGGCAUCACCUCCGCUGAGUGGUAGAAGGUCGUUGCUUUGAGAGUUGGGGCUCAAUUUGGCUUUACUUCGAUAUCAACUAUAUCAGCUGUUGUACCCUGUUUUCAAGUCCAAUGUUGUGUGGUUAAGUAUGAUCCUAUGUCUGUAAUUGCCUCUAUAUGAAGUUUGUGGAAUUUAUUGAUCUUACACCUA